AUGAGAAGCAAAUCCAUCUUAGCUGGUGCCGUUAAUGUUCCAAUUGAACCAACAUCAAAUGUUGACUCACGAACGACAAACAAUAUUGUCAUAAAGAACUAUAGUUCAGAGUGUUUGAAAGAAAAAGAACCAGAGCUGAAAUCCGUGAAUUUAAACACAGCUUCAAACGCUAACGCUACAUCAGAUGUUAAGUUAGAGUAUCCACCACUGGACCAAAUUCUUUCAAGAGAAGCCAACGACAAUCCUUACACAAAUGUUCAAACAAAUCCUUCAGAUAACGUAGACCAUUACCUUCUUCAGUUAUACCAAACAAUUUUACUCAAAGACGAUAA